AGCCGGGAAGGACUUACCUCUCUGUCUCUCUUUCUGCGGCGGCUGUAACUGCAACAGCCGCGGUGGCGUCGGCGGCUGUGCGGAGUCCAGCCUCCUCCCCGGGACUGACAGCCGGCUACUCCGGCCUGGGCGGAGAGGUCAUAGCUGGGAAUGUAUGACAACAUGUCCACAAUGGUGUAUCUAAAGGAAGACAAGUUGGAGAAACUCACUCAAGAUGAAAUUAUUUCUAAGACUAAGCAAGUGAUUCAAGGACUAGAAGCUUUGAAGAAUGAGCACAAUUCCAUCUUACAGAGUUUACUGGAGACACUGAAGUGUUUGAAGAAAGAUGAUGAAACAAAUUUGGUGGAAGAAAAAUCAAACAUGAUUCGCAAGUCUUUGGAAAUGCUGGAACUUGGACUCAGUGAAGCACAGGUGAUGAUGGCCUUGUCAAAUCACUUAAAUGCAGUGGAAUCAGAGAAGCAGAAAUUACGAGCUCAGGUUCGCAGGCUAUGCCAGGAAAAUCAAUGGCUAAGAGAUGAGCUAGCCAAUACCCAGCAGAAAUUACAAAAGAGUGAACAGUCAGUGGCUCAGCUGGAAGAAGAAAAGAAGCACCUAGAAUUUAUGAAUCAGUUAAAAAAAUAUGAUGAUGAUAUAUCUCCUUCAGAGGAUAAGGACACAGAUUCUACCAAAGAGCCACUGGAUGAUUUAUUCCCCAAUGAUGAAGAUGACCAAGGACCAGGGAUUCAACAACCACAUAGCAGUGCAGCAGCAGCUGCCCAACAGGGUGGCUAUGAGAUCCCAGCAAGAUUGAGGACCCUUCAUAAUCUUGUCAUUCAGUAUGCUUCCCAAGGCAGAUAUGAAGUUGCUGUGCCCCUCUGUAAACAAGCACUUGAAGACCUGGAGAAGACAUCAGGUCAUGAUCAUCCUGAUGUUGCCACCAUGUUGAAUAUACUUGCAUUGGUAUACAGGGACCAGAAUAAAUACAAAGAUGCAGCAAACUUACUGAAUGAUGCUUUGGCUAUUCGUGAAAAGACCUUGGGCAAAGAUCAUCCAGCGGUUGCAGCAACUUUAAACAAUCUUGCAGUGCUUUAUGGAAAAAGAGGAAAAUACAAGGAAGCUGAACCAUUAUGCAAGAGAGCAUUGGAAAUCAGAGAGAAGGUACUGGGAAAAGACCAUCCAGAUGUUGCCAAACAGUUAAAUAAUCUGGCCUUACUAUGUCAGAACCAGGGUAAAUAUGAAGAAGUGGAAUACUACUAUCAACGGGCACUUGAGAUCUACCAAACAAAACUGGGGCCGGAUGAUCCAAACGUAGCAAAAACCAAGAAUAAUUUGGCAUCCUGCUACUUGAAACAAGGCAAAUUUAAGCAAGCAGAAACUCUGUACAAAGAGAUCCUCACUCGUGCCCACGAAAGGGAAUUUGGCUCUGUGGAUGAUGAAAAUAAACCAAUCUGGAUGCAUGCCGAAGAGAGAGAAGAAUGCAAAGGAAAGCAAAAAGAUGGCACUACUUUUGCUGAAUAUGGAGGAUGGUACAAAGCUUGCAAAGUUGAUAGUCCAACAGUUACAACUACAUUAAAGAAUCUUGGAGCACUUUACAGACGCCAGGGCAAGUUUGAAGCUGCUGAAACAUUAGAAGAGGCAGCAAUGAGGUCCCGUAAACAGGGUCUUGAUAAUGUUCACAAACAGAGAGUUGCUGAAGUGCUCAAUGACCCAGAAAGUAUAGAGAGAAGGCGAAGCCGCGAGAGCCUCAAUGUCGACGUGGUAAAGUAUGAGAGUGGCCCUGAUGGAGGAGAGGAAGUGAGUAUGAGCGUAGAAUGGAAUGGGGCCUAGAUGCCUUUUCUGAUUCUUACACUGUCUCCUGCAUGGCGGGCGUGCAGCAUCUUCAAGCUCUAACUUCUCUCCACUACUGACUGCUGUGUAUUUAGCAAUCCCUUAAGAUCCUUGUCAGAGCUGCACUUCUUGUAAAAAUGGCCACUUCUUCAGUGCUGGUGUCUCUCUCUCUUUGGGGCAAGGGUUCCUCUUUUUUCCUGUACAUGUGUAGCUUUGCCAGAUAUGUAUCUAGUCUUACAAAAUGUGGUGUUAAUAACCAUUUGCUGUGUAACAGAUGAGAAUUAACAAAACUAAGAAUGAGCUUGAUAAGUAGCUGUUUCACUAUGAUGAAAGGUAGUUUAAAUUAUCACACAAGGUGUUAUUAAAAUGGCAUGAUGGUGACCUUUACAGAAUAAACAGGUGGGUUUUUUUAAUUUAAAAAAGCAAGGCAUGUGCUCACAGUGCUUUAAAGUGUAUUUAGAGACCUAUAACAUGGGUUAACAUCAAUAUGGAACUCUGGAUGUCUUCACUUAUGCUUAUCCUAAAGUAGCAGUGCUGUUUAGUCCUCAUGUGAAAGUUGAGCAGUUAUGCUUUUCUCUACUAACCUUGGUGUUGGGUGACUCUGUGUAUUUGUCUUUCUAACUUCUAAUAAACUCACUCCAACUGA